AUGGAGCAAUUCGAAUUCCAUCCCGCAACCACUUCCCACAACCGCACCUGGUUCCCCAUCGAACCAGGCGUAGACGAACUCGUCCUCAACGAAGAUAAGCAGACAGGUCGACGCACCACUCUACAAAGAUGGCAACCCGGCGCACGCAACCAGCAGGACGUCUUUAUCCACGACUACGUGGAGGAGAUUUACAUGGCUGAGGGUGACUUGUACGACGAGAAUCUGCAGCAGGGCUGGUCCAAGGGCGCUUAUGCGUACCGGAAACCCGGGAUGCGGCAUGGCCCGUUUAGAAGCGAGGGUGGGUGUUUGAUGUUUAUUGUCUGUAUCCCUGUGGAUAAACAGGGGGAGAAGGAAGUUGGUGAGAAGGUGUAG